AGGAUGAGCCACCCCUAGAAAAUUUCUACCCUCAGAACCCACCCUGGGCCCAGGGGGAUUGCCAGAGAGGUGUGUCUCAAGAAAAUUACAACCACCAAAGUCUAUCCCUGGGCCUAGGGAGAGGCCACAGGGAGUAUGAGGUGUAUCAAUGUCAUUUUAAGGAGCUAACAUCCUUAAGAGCUCCCUGUACUCAGGGAGCUAAGUACAUCAGAACUAAUACUACAAACACCUGUCUUAUAUACAUUGGUGGCAUGUGGGAAGAAAUAAACGAUUUCCAGCCACCUGCUACCACUACUAACUGGGUGGCAAGUGGCCACCAGACAAGCAACCAAAUUUGCCUGAUGCCAGGGCGUGAGCCAAGGCUGUCGGACUCGGUACGACGCUCGGAGGGGGCAGCCAAAUGGGUAGAAUAUUGGCUAUGGCCAAAUAUCGAGGCCUGGGCCAAUGCUGUCGCACCGAGUCCGACGCUGGGACGUG